AGAUCAUCUUGAAUCAUACCUGUAUGAAAAUUAGUGAUCCCGAUCGCAGCCUUCGCUUCUACCGUGAGGUGCUAGGCUUUCAGGAGGUCAUGACCUGGAAUACUGGUCCGCAAACUGUCAUCUUUCUCAGUCAACCAAUACCAGGGAUACCCACGAGUGAAAUCUUCAAAUCAAUGCAGAGUCGGGCGGGUCUAAUCGAGCUGCUCUACCUUCACGGGACACAGCCGUCACGUCCAGAAGCCAACGGAGUCCCCGCGACUAAUCCGCUUGGGUACUUCCACAUUGGACUGUCCGUGCCAGACGUCGAGGUCAUUCUAGCCAAGGCAGAAGCAUUCGAUGACAAGGGUGUCCGGGUGAUCAAGCCACUGGGUCCGCCAACCUCCAUGAGCGUCAUGGGUCUACCGACAGACACCCCGGCAUUUCAUAAUUCCACAGACUUCAUCUUCUCCAAGGUUGCCUUUAUCGCUGAUCCCGACGGGAAUUGGAUUGAGCUGGUGCCCCAGGCGAUGCACAAGGCCAAGGAGGUGACUGCGCAAUGAGAACACAGCGAGGCACAGGUACUGCGUCAUAGAACACUAUACAUGGGAUUCGAGCUUCACUUCUCGUGUGUAUAAGCGUGAAUGGUGAAAUUGACGAUGACGAUGUGAAGCAGACGAAAGUACAAUGAGGACGCUACGAAUCAGAUGGUUGCAACCUGUGGUGCGGUGGCCUGUGCUACUUGAGGCGGGACAGUGAUGGAUCUGUCAACUGCGUCAAGCAUGGACUCAUUCUUGGCCUUUCCCACCUCUGCCUGCUGAGCAGCCCACGUCUCUCCGUCUUCGUAGGUAUAGAGAUAGUGAGCGGUCUUCAAGGGGUUCAAGAUGGGCACACCAAGCUCGGCGUCGUUCUCACGGACACCUAGAGCUUGCGAUCUGCUGUUCUCUUGACAGAAGGUAGCACGCGGCCACCGCAAUUCAAAGAAUUUCUGCAGCCUCUUCUCGAUGAGGCUGUGCGACGCUGUUGAGUCCACGUCCU